CAAUAUUGUCCCUGCGUACUUUGCUACUUUUUCAUCGUCCUAUAUAAUGAACCAAUUUUAGUAUUUAUUUACAGUUCAAAAUUCAAGAUUUAUUGAUAUCGCCAAGAAAUGAAUGUAUAACAAGAGAUCAACGUGUAACACAUAUACAAUAAAAACAAUUUAAAACAAGUGAAGAGCAUCAAUUGUUUACAAAGGGCAAUGAUAAAAGAGAGUAAUAUUUACUGCGGACCAUGCGAAUCUCAACAUUCCACUAGCGUAGCAGAGUUUUGGUGCCCAAAUUGUGAUGAAGGUUUGUGCUCAAAAUGUAUGGAGUAUCAUAAGGUUUCAAAAGCUUCCCGUAUGCACAAAACUAUAACAAUUGAAAAUCUCACAACUCUUCCAGAUUUUGUACGCAACAUAGAUCAUGUGUGUUCGAGUCAUGACAAUACCCUAGACCUGUAUUGCAGUGUCCAUGAAAAAGUCUGUUGUAUGGAUUGCAUAAGCGCUGAGCAUUCAGAAUGUCCAGGUAUAACGUCACUGACCAAAGUAGUUCAGGGGGUGAAGGAAUCAGCCUUUUAUUAUAGCGUUGUGAAAAGUAUCGAAGAUGUCACAGAGUUUGCCACCAAACUUCAAACUAAUCGUAAAGAUAAUGUAGACAAACUUCAACAUGAAAAAGACUUGCUCGUCGGAGAAGUAAAAUCCAAACGUACAGAAAUUGCAUCUCAUUUGGAUAAAUUAGAAGUACAUCUCCUACAAGAGCUAGACUCGACCAUAAGUUUAGAAUCCCAACAAAUUGAUCAAGCGGUUUCUCAUCUGCAGAAAAAAAUAUGCACUCUGAAAGAAUAUAAAAACCACAUUUCUGUCAUCACUGACAUUGCUACAGAUAUUCAAGCGUUUAUAGCCCUAAAAGAAAUACACAGGAAUGUUGUUCAUGAAAAAGAAACAAUGUUAUACGUUAAGGAAGCGACGGGUAUGAAAGAGAUCAGUGUAGGAAUACAGUUUGUAAAAGAGAUAGAAGAACUAGUACAAGAAAUGAAAUCUAUGGGAAAUGUAGAACUUACAAAGAUAGCAACAAACAUGCACUUCCCUGGACCGAAAUCACAUCUUGUGAAAAUCUUAUCAGAUAUUCAACCAGGAAUAGAAAAUAUCAAACUAACUUUUUUAACUAAAUUCCAGCUUCCUUUUGAUAUCGAUAUCAACAUUUGUUGUUGUGUAAUAUUGCCAGAUGAACGAGUAGUCCUGGCAAACAACUCAAACGAAGAAAAAGGAGGAAUACAUAUUUUUGAUGAAAGUGGGGAGUACCAGAAACAUAUUGUAUGUACAUCGAAACCUUUUGGACUUGCGGUCAUAAAUAAGUCCGAUAUUGCUGUAUCAUUUUAUAAAGAACAAUCAAUUAAAGUAUAUGAUUCAGAAAGUUUUAAGGUAAAGUACGUGUUGUUAGAAGGACAUUGCGUCUUUGGAUUAUCUGUCGAAUCAGAUUGUUUGGCUGCUGCUGUUCGAAAUACAGGUAUUCAUUUCAUAAACUAUAGUUCUGGGAAAAUUUUGAAAAUUCUCCCAAGUGACAUUGAUUUACUAACCUAUGUGCAUAUGAUAGGAGAAAACACACUUAUUACUGAUUAUGAAAAAGACAUUCUUUAUUGUCGAAAUAGAGAUGGAAAGACAGUUUGGAAAUAUUCGUCCGAUGUCAUGAAAGGGCCGAGAAACAUGUGCACAGAUACUGUUGGAAACAUAUUCGUUGCCGCCUUUGUUUCAGAUAGCAUAAUUGCCAUCUCUCCUGAUGGGAAGAAUAGCAAAAAAAUACUAGGAGUCGAAGACGGCUUGAAAAAUCCAAAAGCCAUUUGUUUUAGUGAAAGUACGUCUACUUUAUUAGUCGUUUCUCAAACAGGAACUGCAUUGAAAUAUAAUCUAUCAUAUUCCUAAUGUAACGUCAGAGUAUCAAUCUGAUUUUAGAAG